GCGAUACUAAGCAAGGUGUACCAGUAUAUCUGUCCAUCUUUAUCUUCCCGGCUCUUCUUCUCCUGCUUCUCGACAAUACGCAAGACCGAGAUCCAAUUGUCACUCGUCCAGCCAUUCACCAUGUUGACCUUCAGGCGGCUCUUUACCACCGCCAUCUUGUUGGUGGUGGGAUUGCUCUUCUUCGUCAAGUCGGCCGAGGCUGCCAAGGGCCCCAAGAUCACCCACAAGGUCUACUUUGACAUUGAGCACGGCGACGAGAAGCUGGGCCGAAUUGUCCUGGGUCUGUAUGGAAAGACUGUCCCCGAGACCGCUGAGAACUUCCGCGCUCUUGCCACUGGCGAGAAGGGCUUCGGCUACGAGGGCUCUACCUUCCACCGUGUUAUCAAGCAGUUCAUGAUCCAGGGUGGUGACUUUACCAAGGGCGACGGCACCGGUGGCAAGUCGAUCUACGGCAACAAGUUCAAGGAUGAGAACUUCAAGCUGAAGCACACCAAGAAGGGUCUCCUGUCCAUGGCCAACGCUGGACCUGACACCAACGGCUCUCAAUUCUUCAUCACCACUGUUGUUACCUCAUGGCUCGACGGCCGCCACGUCGUUUUCGGCGAAGUCCUCGAGGGUUACGACAUUGUCGAGAAGAUUGAAAACGUCCCGACUGCCGCCGGUGACCGCCCAUUGAAGACUGUCAAGAUCGCCAAGAGUGGCGAGCUGGAGGUCCCUCCCGAAGGUAUUCACGUCGAGCUCUAAAUUUACUUUACAUGGUAGACUCCAACUCUUCAAUGUACUCUCUUGACUGGUAUACUGAUGAGUUUGGUCUUGAUUUCAGAAGAGCCCUCCGGUACGGCUAACGCACCCGGAGCCGUUGGUGAUGACGUAGCGGGGGUUAUCGACGCUGAUGGUGCGGGUUCUGCAGGAUUU